AUGACUUUCACUUCUUUUGUAUGCUUUAUUCUGAUCUGUUACUUAGUUCAGACAAAAGGCAGAAGUGAUUCAACUUGUCCAAAGUCAUUUUCAUGUGGAAAUCUUACUGACCUGAGCUUUCCAUUCACUCUUUCCACACUAUCUGACUGUGGAUUUCUGUCCAUGUCUGUUUGUGAUGCUAAACCAUUUCCAAGAAUCCAACUGCUUCCUGGAGGAGAUUGGUAUUAUGCUUUAGGAAAGCCGUAUAAUUAUACAGUUUGGCUUCGGGACACCAAACUUGAAGCAAAUUUAAGGCAACACAAGUGCCAGGUUUUCGACGAAAAUUUCUCCCUUCCAAACUCUCCUUCUAUUUCUUUCAAUAUACUUAACCUUCAGAACUUCUUCAAAUGCAACAAGAGUAGUAAUAAUACCCUAAACGUUACGCUGAAGAUGAAAGAUCAUUUUACUGGUUAUGAAAUGUACGACCGAUGUGAUGCCUUCAGCAUAUACUACAAGCUUCAUGGAGAUGAUCAUGAUGAUCGCGACGACAUUCCAGCAGGCAAUCUUACUACCACCUGUUCACUUGUCAGAUUGCCAAUUGUAUCAGUAUCAAAUAAUGGUAAUGUGUUCACAAUGUUAAGUCCUGAAUUUCAAGUAGAAUGGAAACUGUCUGAUGAGUGUUACGGCUGUCACUAUAGUGGAGGUCAAUGCCAGACUGAUAUUACCAACAAAUUUCUUUGUCACACAGAUGUUAGCAAUAUAACAGCAGCAGGUACAUCAAAAAGGGGUCACCUCCGGACACCCUGGUUCGUGGUAGCCACAGGUACAUUGUUCUCUUGUAUUGGACUGUUGGUUUUACUCUUCUACUUCAGGGAAAAGAUUUUUUGGUACAAAUACCUAAGAUUUUGGGAUUCUAAUGCUGAGGAUCACCAAAAUAUCGAAGCAUUUUUAAUGAAUUAUGGGUCGUAUGCUCCAAGGAGAUACAGCUAUUCAGAAGUCAAAAGAAUCACCAAUCACUUCAAAAACAAACUAGGCCAAGGAGGAUGUGGUAAUGUAUACAAAGGAAGAUUGCAUAACGGGAAGCAUGUAGCAGUGAAGCUAACAAAUCGAAAAGGCACUAGUGGUGAAGAAUUCAUUAACGAGGUUGCAAGUAUUAGCAAGACAUCACAUGUUAACAUCGUGAGCCUCGUGGGAUUUUGUUUUGAGGGUCGCAGAAGAGCUCUCGUUUAUGAAUUCAUGCCAAAUGGAUCUCUUGAAAAGUUUAUCUAUGAGGAAAGAUCCAACAGAGUUCGCCAAUUGGGCUGGCCAAUAUUGUACCAAAUUGCACUAGGCAUUGCUCGAGGAUUGGAGUACUUGCAUCGUGGUUGUACCACUCGGAUAUUGCAUUUCGAUAUAAAGCCUCACAACAUCCUACUUGAUGACGAUUUUUGUCCUAAGAUUUCCGACUUUGGUUUAGCCAAACUUUGCAUGAAAAAGGAGAGUGUCGUGUCAAUGUUAGGUGCACGAGGGACUAUUGGUUAUAUAGCUCCAGAAAUUGUUUGCAGAAACUUGGGAGGUGUCUCUCACAAGUCUGAUGUCUAUAGCUACGGAAUGAUGGUCCUAGAGAUGGUUGGAGGAAGAAAAAAUGUUGAUGUUGAAGUUGACCGUACAAGUGAAAUCUACUUCCCACAUUGGCUCUAUCGACGAAUUGAACUAGACGAAGAGCUCCAACUAAUCGGGAUAAUGAAUGAAUCGGAGAAAGAAUGCGCAAGAAAGAUGAUGUUAGUGAGUUUAUGGUGCAUACAGACUGAUCCCUCGAAUCGACCAUCUAUGACUAAAGUUGUGGAAAUGUUAGAAGGAAACCAAGACUACUCUUUGCAAAUACCUCCCAAGCCUUACCUAUAUCCUGCCUCAAGAUCAGAGGUAAAUUCAUCAGUAGUAAUAGAACCGGCCCAAUCUUUAUUUGUUGAUAUGUCAGCUAAUAUUUUGUAUGAAAUUUAA